AUGGAACUUCCAGUAUAUCAACACCUACGUCCCAAUGUUACAACUUAUAAGCUACUCCAGCUCCCUCCCGACGUACUUGAGGCCAUGAAUCUCCAAGAUCCAAUUCAAAUCAAAUCCUCCCGCAAUGAAGCAGAUUUAGUGAUGGUAUCUCCAGACAAAACCUGGAGAUUAAGACAGAUGAAUCAAACCAACUCCGUGCUACUCAUGGAUGAAACCACACGUCCCGGAAGUCUUAUAGGUAAAGCAAACCUCCCGUAUCAGUAUGAGGUGGUGGCCAUUGAUGGUUCUAUCAAUACGGCUGAUAUUCCUAUAUUCACAGGUCAGCUUCCUUACGGUGAACUUUAUUCGGUGGAAGACCUUUUGAACGAUUCAGCCAUUUCAAAGAACCAAUUUUUCAAACAUUGGUUCAAUAUAGGUGGGUGUGAAAUAGAAGGUAGAGCUUGUAUCUUAUCUCCAGACUUCAUCAAGGAAGUAGUGGACCUUUUCCUUACUUUAGUGAUAACCAAACAGAUAGAUUACAAAAGCGAAGAGUUCAACAUUGAAGAAACAACCAUACUGUCGGAAUUGAAAGGAGUAGACUCUCGUGUAACUGAUAAUAUUGUCACCACGGUACUUCACAAAUUUUGUGAUUUUGAUCCUAAAACCUCCAAAUUCAGAGUCAAUAAUGAGAAGGUUGCUAUGUUCUAUGGAAUAUUAGCCCUCAAGUCCCUCCAGAAACCCAUAGAUACAAAAGAAUUCUAUCUUGUAUGGAAGAAUUAUUUACCUAAUUUCUAUAAUAUCCCCAUUAAUUUGGACUUGUUGAAAGGUUGGUAUUAUAAAAACAGUGGAUUGCAUUAUUUGGAUGGUGGAGAACUUUCCAUGGACAUUGGUACGAGAAUCAAAGAAUUAUUUGCCUGUACUGGACAAUGGGAACUCGAAGAUAUGGAACCUUACUUGAAGAUGUUUGUAGUCAACAAGAAAGUUGAAAGCUUGUUAUUGAAGUACGCUAAAGUGAAAAGGGUAGGAAGCAAAAAGAUCGUGGUACCCAGGUAG